AUGCAGCAGCGCAGGCGGGCCGUCUGGCUUGGUAUUUCAGCUCUUAUUGUACUAACAAUUACGUACGCUUUUCUGUCCAUGCAGGAGGGCCCUGCACCUUUUCCCACCAACAGCGAUCCGAUGCCGCCAGAGACCGAUAGCCGGGAGCCAGAAGAGGUCCCCAAAGAAACCACAACACACCAUCCACCAGCACCAGCGGUCGAGCGAAAUGCGACACGCACACUUGUGAUUGCCAAACUACAAGAAGAGGAUACCUUAUGGGUCGACAGCCUUGUCCAAGAUGACCCUCAUCUUACCAGCGCGGUCUAUGUGGUGGACAACAAUACCAGUGUACCGUUCACUGUGCCCUUGAAUAAAGGCCACGAAGUUAUGGUCUAUUUAACCUAUAUAAUCGAUCACUAUUACACACUCAGCGAUGUUUCAAUAUUUAUGCAUGCUCACCAGAUCACCUGGCAUAAUAACGACUUUCUCGAUUCUGAUUCGGCUAAGAUGGUCCGUCGGUUAAGAAGUCAACAUAUCCUGCAAAACGGGUACAUGAAUCUUCGCUGUCACCUAGAUCCGGGAUGCCCUGACCAUAUCCAUCCAUAUAUAGGAAAGGACUCCGAUGAUAUUCUCAACGUUCCCGAAGCUGCUGUUAUUGGUAUGGCAUGGGGGCAGCUAUUCCCGGGUAGCCCGGUUCCAUCAGUUCUUUCACAGCCAUGCUGUGCCCAGUUUGCUGUCAGCGCGAGUCAAAUUCGGCAGAUCCCUCAGGAACGCUAUCUUAAAUUCCGCCACUGGCUUCUCGCAACUGAACUCGACGACCGAUUGUCUGGGAGAGUCUGGGAAUAUGUCUGGCAUUGGCUAUUUACAGGGCAACCAGAGUUCUGCCCGGUUGAGACAACCUGUUAUUGCGAAGGGUAUGGAAUUUGCUUCGAUCCUGACGAAUAUCAGCUGUACUUUCGGGUUCGAGGCGAGGCGCGCAAGUUGGAAGGAGAGGUCCAGGAGUUGGAGUCGGAAGCGACCGAGGCAGACACCACGACCAGUGAAAGAAUAACUGACCUGAAAAAUAAGAUUAAUGAGCUGCAUGGGAAGAUGAACGAGAUAAAAGCCAGGACGAAGGGCAUUGGGCAAUGA